AUGCGUCAAGUUAUUUCAUCAUCAUUAUUCACUGGAGCUUCAUUUUCAGUGAAUACAGAUCAUUCUAUUGAAGCUAUUAAAUCGAUUCCAGGUGCCAUUGCCAUUUAUCCAAUCUACUUUGUACCCGGUCCUGAAUCUUUCGAGAACUAUAUGCCAACUGGUAGGAAAAGUAACAAUCAAAUCGAUUCGAUCAUUGCGCACAAACUGACAGGUGUCGAUCAAGUUCAUAAAGAAUUGAAAAACUUUGGUAAAGGCGUUCGGAUAGCUAUUAUUGAUAGUGGUAUCGACUAUUAUCAUCCAGCUCUUGGAGGCUGUUUUGGUCCAGAUUGUAAAGUUGCAUUUGGUUAUGGUACACAUGUUGCUGGAAUACUUGCUGCAAAUGCAACCGAAGUAUUACAAACAGAUUAUAGUCCUAUAGAGCCAUUUCUCGGUGUUGCUCCACAAGCAACUAUUGGAUCAUAUCGUGUUUUUGGAUGCUCUGGAAACGGUACUACUACAGGUAGAGAUGAAUCAAUAUCUAUUGGUAUUAUUGUUUUCAUUCUCUGUAUGCAUAUUGUUCUAGAUCUCAUUACUGCAGCCAUAUAUCGUGCUUUUGAAGAUAAAGCUGAUAUAAUUACUAUGUCUAUUGGAAGUGUUGGUGGUUAUGCUGAGGGAUCGAUUGGCAUUGCUGUGCAACGUGUAUCCGAAGCUGGAGUCUAUGUUAUAAGUUCGAUGGGCAAUGAAGGAAGGGAAGGUCUUCAAACGGGCGCAACUCCAGCUAUUGCUAAAGAUGUCAUUGCUGUUGCUUCAGUAGAUAAUUCGUAUGAAGCCAAAUUAUAUUUAAUUGUACCGAAUGGUGAAAAAAUUUUCUAUAAAUCCGGAGUUGCUUACGGCGGGUGGCGAUCGACUGUAAACUCGACUAUUGUCGUCAAUGAUCCACAACCCACAGCAAGUGAUGGUUGCUCUGGUCCCUCGAAACCGGUUUCAGGUGCUGUUGUUUUGUAUGCUUUUAGUACAACAGAUACAUGUGACUCUUCUGUGCGAUGUAACAAAGCAGCAGCAGAAGGUGCAAUAGGAUGUCUCCUAUAUAAUAUCAGUUCUAUUAUAGGUUCCUCCAUUAUUCCGAGUGGAAGUAUUAGUUUAGACGAUGGUUGGAGCAUUAUUACAAUGGUGACAGAAAAUCCAUCAGCUAUGUUUACAUUUACCAAUUUGCUUGAACUUAUUCCGACGUCGACAGUUGGAGCACCUUCUCCAUUUACAUCGCUUGGUCUCACAAGUGAUUUAUUAUUCAAACCUCAAAUUAGUGGUAUUGGCGGUUAUGUUUACUCAACUAUUUCAUCUUAUGCUGCUCAAAGCCAAUAUUUGACGCAAGCCUAUGCUUCCUAUUCAGGGACAAGUAUGGCAUGUCCUUAUGUUGCAGGGUAUGAUGUUCAUAUUUGGCCAAAAUAUUUUCAACUUCAUCCUGGGCAAUCACAUACAGUUACUCUUCAAUUUCGACCACCUCAUCAAGCCAAUCCGAAUUUCCUUCCUAUCUAUUCAGGCUUCAUUGAUGUGACGAAUGAUCUUGAUGAAAAAGUUGCUCAUAUUCCAUAUGCUGGUGUUGUUGGUAAUUAUAGUGAUGCACGUAUUUUUGUUCGCAAUAAUCCGCAAGGAUUUAUUUCGGGGAUUGUUGAUAACGAUGGAUACUAUAUUAAAGAUGGACAAGAAUUGAAUGUCACAGCUGCGGGUGCAUUUCCAAUUAUAUUAGUUACGGCAUGGGCUUCGCGUAUAAUUAUAGUCGAAGUUGUUUCGGGAGAAAAUCAUAAUUCACCUGAAUUCAAUUCAAGGUAA